UAGAAAUUAAAAAGUGUAAAAAUGUUAAUAUUAUCGUAAUUAGCCUCUCGUAAACUCCGGCCAACUCCUUCGUCAUGUUCUUCAUACAAUUAAUCAUCAUCAUUGUUCUAUUAUUACAACCAUAUUAUCACAGUUGAUCUUUGUUGUAAAUUUUCUUUUUGUUCAUUAAUAUUAUUAUUGAUGGCGGAUGGGGAGGACGAUGGGUCAACCUUGCUUCCGAGGUUGAUCAUUUGCCUGGUAGCAGCAGCCUCCGCAGCCGUAGUAGUCACGAUCUACCACUGUGUCACAACGGGCCACAUCCGGGCCAUACUCCGUUUACGCACCGGAGGCCAUACGUGGCAACUAAGAGCCCAUCAUCAUCAGCAACAGCUGGUGGACCCGGUCCAGAACAGCAUGAGCAUGGAGAAUUCCUUGGCGGAACUCAUCCCGUCCCACAAGUACCAAAAGGGGUCGGGUUUGAUACUGAUGCACUUGUUGGAUUCUAACGCCGCCGAAACGCCUUCUCCCCAUUCCCGGCCGAGCCACCAGCAGCGUGAUUCUCAGUUUCCGACUGCUCAGAUUGUCUAA